AUAGUGGAACUAACGAGCCCUGAUACAAGAGAAAAUGCACUACUAGAAUUAAGUAAAAAGCGUGAAGUUGUUCCUGAUUUAGCUCCUAUGUUGUGGCACUCAUUUGGAACAGUUGCAGCUCUAUUGCAGGAAAUUGUCAAUAUUUAUCCAUUCAUAAAUCCUCCAAGCUUAACAGCUCACCAAUCCAACAGAGUUUGUAAUGCUUUAGCUCUGUUGCAAUGUGUUGCAUCCCAUCCUGAGACAAGGUCAGCAUUUUUACAAGCUCAUAUUCCAUUAUUUCUCUAUCCAUUUUUACACACGGUUAGCAAAACAAGACCUUUUGAAUACCUUCGUUUGACAAGCUUAGGGGUCAUAGGAGCAUUGGUAAAGACUGAUGAACAGGAAGUGAUAACAUUUCUACUUACAACCGAAAUUAUUCCACUUUGUUUAAGAAUCAUGGAGAGUGGAAGUGAGCUAUCAAAAACA